AUGAAGACCUUGUUCAUUUUGUUUGUCCUAAUCCUUUGGAUGGAAACAUUGGCAGACCAGAGCCCAGGGCCGGGCCCUCAGUAUGGCGACGUGGUGUUCCUGGUGGACAGCUCCGAUCACCUGGGAGUUAAGAACUUCCCUUUCGUGAAAGCCUUCCUGAACAAGAUGAUCACCAGCCUCCCCAUCGAGGCCAGCAAGUUCCGCGUGGCGCUGGCGCAGUACAGCGACCAGCUCCACAGCGAGUUCGGGCUGAGCACCUUCAAGGUCAAGGGCCCCAUGCUGAACCACCUCAAGAAGAACGUGGAGUUCCUGGGCGGCGCCCUGCGCGUGGGCAGCGCCCUGCGGGAGGCGCACAGGGCCUACUUCUCCGCAGCCCCCGACGGCAGAGACAAGAAGCAGUUCCCCCCGGUCCUGGUGGUCCUGGCUUCGGCCGAGUCCGAGGACGACGUGGGGGCAGCUGCGGAGGCCCUGCGGCGAGACGGGGUGCGAAUCAUCUCCGUGGGGGUGCAGAAGGCUGCUGAGGAGGGCGUCAGGGCCAUGGCCACGUCUCAGUUCCAUUUCAGCCUCCGGACGGCCCGGGACCUCAGCACGUUCUCGCACAACGUGACGCAGGCCAUCAGGGACGCGGUGCAGUACAGGGACGCGGCCGUGGAUGCUGACGUGGGAGUUCCCCUCCCGAUGUCCUGUCAGAAAGAUUCGCUGGCCGACCUCGUGUUCCUGGUGGAUGAGUCACUCGGGAGCAGACAAAACCUGAGGCACCUGCAGACGUUUCUGGAAGACAUCAGCAGCUCCAUGGACGUGAAGGAGAACUGCAUACGGCUCGGCCUGAUGCGUUACAGCACUAGCACCAAGACCGUCUCUUCUCUGAGAUCCAGCAGGAGCCAAUCUGAAUUCCGGCGGCAGAUCCAGAAGCUUUCUCUCCAGGCUGGAAGAGCCCAUACAGGAGCUGCCAUCGAGCAGUUGAGGAGAGAGGGCUUCUCGGAGGCCGGAGGCAGCCGACGGGCCCAGGGCGUGCCUCAGAUUGCAGUGCUGGUCACCAGCAGACCCUCGGACGAUGAGGUGCGCGAUGCCGCACUGGACCUCCGGCUAGAGGGCGUCACUGUGUUUGCAGUGAACAUCCGGGGAGCUAACAGUACCCAGUUGGAAGAAAUAGUGUCUUACCCCCCUGGGCAGUCCAUUUCCAUCAUGAGCUCCUAUGCAGACUUGGGAAAUUACACCACAAAGUUCCUGAAAAAGCUCCAGAAUGAAAUAUGGGCCCAAGUUUCUACUGUAGCAGAACAAAUGGAACUUGAUAAAACUGGCUGUGUGGAUACAAAGGAAGCCGAUAUCUAUUUUCUCAUUGAUGGCUCAAGCAGUAUCCGGGACAAACAGUUUUUGCAAAUCAAGGAAUUUAUGCUGGCGGUGAUAGAGAUGUUUAACAUCGGCCCAGAUAAAGUCCGUGUGGGCGUUGUGCAGUACUCCAAUGACAGAGCAGUAGAAUUCGACAUUGAUGUCUAUCAUGAUAACAGUGGCUUAAGAAAGGCCAUUUAUAACAUCAAGCAGCUUAAAGGCGGCACUCUCACCGGGAAAGCCCUGGACUUCAUCCUGCCCAUCAUGAAGAAAGGAAGGCAGGCUAGGGCAAGCCAGGUGCCCUGUUACCUCCUUGUGCUGACUGACGGGAAGUCUGAAGAUGAAGUCCUGGGGCCUGCAAAGAGAAUAAGGGCUGAACAGAUCACCAUCCAUGCGAUCGGCAUUGGGAAGGCCCAUAAAAAAGAACUGCUGCAAAUUGCUGGGGCAGAAGAAAGGGUUAACUUUGGGCAGAAUACUGAUGCUUUAAAGAGCAUAAAAAAGGAAAUUGUCCAUAGCAUCUGCACAGAAAAAGGAUGUGAAGACAUGAAGGCUGACAUCAUGUUUCUAGUGGACGGUUCUAGCAGUAUAGGAUAUACAAAUUUUGAGAAAAUGAAAAGCUUCAUGCAAACCCUAUUAACUAAGAUUCAAAUUGGUGCAGAUAAAACUCAAAUUGGUGUCGCUCAGUUCAGUGAUUAUAAUAAGGAAGAGUUCCCGCUUAAUAAGUACUUCACCCAAAAAGAAAUUUCAGAUGCAAUAGACAAAAUGCUUCUCAUCACUGGAAACACCUUGACGGGAAGUGCACUCAAAUUCAUAGAUACAUACUUCACUCAAUCCAAGGGGGCCCGACACGGGGUCAAAAAGUUCCUCAUCCUCAUCACGGAUGGAGAAGCUCAGGAUGACGUGAGAGAACCUGCCGUGGCUCUCCGGGACAAGGGUGUGAUCAUCUUAUCUGUGGGGGUGUAUGGCGCCAACAGGACGCAGCUGGAGGAGAUCAGUGGGGACGGCAGCCUGGUUUUCCAUGUUGAGAACUUUGAGGACCUAAAGGAGAUAGAAAGGAAACUCAUCUUCCGUGUGUGUACUCUUCAUGAUUGUAAAAGGAUUCAACUGUUAGACGUCGUGUUCGUGUUGGAUCAUUCAGGCAGCAUAAAUUCAGAACAGCAAGAAAGCAUGAUUAACCUGACGACCCAUUUGGUGAAGAAGUCAGAUGUUGGCAGGGACCGAGUUCAGUUUGGAGCCCUCAGAUAUUCUGAUGAUCCUGACAUUCUCUUUUACCUGAACACAUACUCAAACCGUUCAGCAAUUAUUGAGCAUCUGAGGAGGCGCAGGGACACUGGCGGGUCCACCUUCACCGCUAAGGCUCUCAGUCACUCGGCUACCCUCUUUGAGGAGCGGCACGGCAGCCGCAUCAAGCAAAACGUGAAGCAGAUGCUGAUUAUCAUCACAGAUGGGGAAUCCCACGAUCGGCAUCUUCUCAAUGACACAGCCCUGAAAUUAAGAAACAAAGGCAUCACCAUCUUUGCAGUGGGUGUAGGAAAGGCCAACCAAGAAGAACUUGAGGCUAUGGCAGGGAAUAAAGAAAACACCAUCCAUGUCAACGAUUUUGACAAACUGAAAGAUGUAUAUCUGCCCCUGCAAGAAAGUAUGUGUACCAAUGCACGGGAGGUUUGUAAUCUUCAUGAAGCUGAUGUGGUUUUCCUCUGUGACGGCUCUGAUAUGGUCUCUGACUCAGAGUUUGUUACCAUGGCAACCUUCUUGUCAGACCUAAUUGAUAAUUUUGACAUUCAGUCUCGGAAAAUGAAGAUCGGAAUGGCUCAAUUCGGGAGCCGCUAUCAGAAAAUUAUUGAGUUGGAAAGCUCUCUGACGGAAAGCCAGUGGAAGACCCAAAUUCAGGCUGCUGCCAAGAGCAAAGGGCUCCCGCGAGUCGACUUUGCCCUCAAGCACGUGAGCGACAUGUUUGACCCAAGCGCCGGUGGGAGAGGAAACGCUGGCGUCCCCCAGACUUUGGUAGUCAUCAUUUCUGGGGACCCUCGCUACGAUGUGGCAGAUGCCGUGAAAACCCUGAAGCGCCUUGGAAUUUGUGUCCUGGUGUUGGGCAUAGGAGACGUGCAUAAGGAGCGGCUUCUGCCCAUUACAGGCAACCCAGAGAAAAUACUCACUCUUCACAACUUUAAUAAACUGAGGGAUGUGGACGUGCAAAAGAGAAUGGUCCGUGAGAUCUGCCAGAGCUGUGGGAAAACCAAUUGCUUUGUGGACGUAGUGGUUGGAUUCGACAUCUCCACUCACCUGCAGGGGCAGCCUUUGUUCCAGGGCCACCCCCGGCUGGAGUCGCAGCUCCCAGGCAUCUUAGAGGACAUCACCUCCAUCAAGGGGGUGAGCUGUGGUGCCGGUGCAGAGACGCAGGUAAGCGUGGCCUUUAAGGUGAACAGUGAUGGAGAAUUCCCUGCCAAGUUCCAAAUCUACCGCACAGCAGUGUUUGACAGCUUGCUGCACGUCGCCGUCAGAGGCCCGACUCAUCUGAAUGCCCAGUUCUUGGAGUCGCUGUGGGACACAUUUGAGGAUAAAUCUGCCUCCCGGGGACAGGUGCUGCUCAUCUUUUCUGAUGGUCUCCAGGGUGAGAGCAUCCCAGUGCUGGAGAACCAAGCAGACAGGCUCAGAGAAGCAGGACUUGAUGCUCUGCUUGUGGUGUCCCUUAACACCACUGUUCAUGACGAGUUUUCCAGCUUUGAGUUUGGAAAGGGAUUUCAUUACAGGACUCCUCUGACCUUGGGGAUGACAGAAGUGGGCAAAAUGCUGUCCCAGUACCUGGGCAACAUUGCAGAGAGGACUUGCUGCUGUACAUUUUGCAAAUGUCCAGGGGUUCCAGGACCUCAGGGGACCCGAGGAAGACAAGCCUUGAAGGGCUCUCCAGGCCUGAAGGGCAGCAGAGGCCACCGGGGCGAGGAUGGAGACCCUGGAAGACGAGGGGAGACUGGACCCCCAGGAGACCAAGGGAUUGCAGGUUGUGUAGGGGAACGCGGACAGAAGGGAGCCAAAGGAUUCUCUGGACAAAAGGGAGAACACGGUGACCAUGGGCUUGAUGGCCUGGACGGGGAGGAGGGUAUGCGUGGACUUUCUGGACAAAAAGGAGAGAAAGGUGAUCCAGGCUCUCAGGGCAGCCCAGGUUCCAGAGGUCCCCCUGGGGCAUAUGGAGAAAAGGGUUUCCCAGGGGCUCCUGGUAAUCCAGGACAAGCCAGCAACAUCAAAGGACAAAAGGGCUCCAAAGGAGAACAAGGAAGCCAAGGUAGAACGGGACAGAAAGGGACACAAGGCAGCCCCAGUUCCAGAGGCAGCGAGGGGAGAGAAGGGCGACGAGGGUUGCAAGGUGCCCCGGGGGAACCAGGAGUUCCUGGACCAGGAGGUAUCCAGGGAGCAGAAGGACUACACGGCCCACAGGGGAUCAGUGGAAAUCCUGGAGCGAAAGGAGAAAAAGGAAGCCAGGGGCACAAAGGACCACAGGGUUCCCCUGGGCUGGCUGGAGCCAAAGGGAGCACUGGACGACCUGGACUCUUAGGGAAGAAAGGAGAACCUGGAAUUCCUGGAGACCCAGGACCAGUGGGUCCAGCUGGACAGCGAGGAAGACAGGGAGAUGAUGGCAUCCCCGGUUACGGUUACAUGGGACAAAAAGGAGUAAAGGGCUCACGAGGAUUCCCUGGAGACAUGGGGCGAAAGGGUGAAGUUGGGGAUCCUGGAAGUCCUGGGGGGCCCGGACCCAAAGGCUCUAGGGGCCUAAUACUCACUGUAGGUUUGCAAGGUGAAAGGGGAUCUCAGGGGCCCCCAGGCCCCCCUGGACAGAGAGGUCCUAAAGGCAUGGCGGGGGCACCAGUAUAUUCUCAUUGUGAGCUGAUGCAGUUCCUGCGGGACCGUAGUCCUUGCUGGAAAGAAAAGUGUCCAGUGUAUCCAACAGAACUGGUAUUUGCCCUGGAUCAGGCCUCUGGGAUCACAGAAUGGAGAUUUAACGAGACAAGGGACAUGAUUGCUUCCAUUAUCAGUGACCUGAACAUCAGGGAGAAUAAUUGUCCUGUAGGGGCCAGAGUCACCGUGGUUUCCUAUGACUCCAACGUCAGCUACCUCAUCCGUGGGUCUGAUUACCGGAGCAAGCAGCAGCUCCUCCAGUUUCUCUACCAGAUAAAAUACCAGGUCCCCACACAGCCCCGUGACAUCGGUCAGGCAAUGAGGUUCGUCGCUCGCAAUGUCUUCAAGAGGACGGGUGCGGGAGCCAACGUGAGGAGAGUGGCUGUGUUUUUCAGUAACGGUCAGGCGGCCAGUAAGUCAUCCAUCAUCACGGCCACCAUGGAGCUCAGCGCCCUGGACAUCAGCCCGGCAGUCUUUGCUUUCAACGAAAGAGUUUUUCUUGAUGAAGCCUUUGGGUUUGAUGACACUGGAACAUUCCAGGUGAUUCCAGUUCCUCCAGAUGGAGAAUAUGAACCAUUAGACAGACUUCAGCGCUGCACACUUUGCUAUGAUAAAUGUUUUCCAAAUGCCUGCGCAAAAGAGAUUUUCUUGACUGAAGAAACAUACAUGGACAUAGCCUUUCUCAUAGACAAUUCUCGGCACGUAGCAAGUGAUGAGUUUAAGGCUUUGAAAGACAUGGUGAGCCUAACGAUUGACAACUUCAACAUUGCUUCAGACCCCUUAAUCUCAAAUUCUGGGGAUAGGAUUGCCUUGUUGAGCUAUUCCGCCUUGGGAAGUUCCAGGAGAAAUACGACUACAGUAAAAACAGAGUUUGACUUCACAACGUAUGGCAGCCAAGCCUUGAUGAAGAAUUAUAUCCAGAAUUCCCUGCAGCAGUUAAAUGGAGAAGCCACCAUUGGCCAUGCCCUACUGUGGACCAUGGAAAAUCUCUUUUCUGAAACACCCAACAUAAGAAGACACAAGGUCAUAUUAGUGGUCUCAGUUGGAGAGAACCAUGAGAGACGGGAAUUUGUAAAAAAGAUGGCACUGAGGGCCAAGUGCCAAGGCUAUGUCAUAUUUGUCAUUGCUCUGGGCCCUGCACCUAAAGAUGACCUGGAGGAGUUAGCCAGCCACCCGCUUGAUCACCAUUUAAUACAGCUUGGGAGAAUACAUAAAGCAGAACUGAAUUAUAUUGUGAAGUUCCUAAAGCCAUUUAUAUACUCAGUCCGACGGGGAUUCAACUUGUACCCACCCCCGAGGCUGGAGAAGGCCUGUAAACUCAUCAAUUCAGAAGAAGAGGAAGGUCUCAACAGUGGUGUCCUAUUUGUUGAUGAGCUACAUGAGAUUUCUGCAGAUGAGACCAGCUUCAUUGUCCAGGAAAUAAAUGCUGGGAAAGAGUCAUCUUUCGUGUUGGAAGACAAUGGAGAUGGCCAUUUGGUGUACCUUCCAAACCAAAUGGUGGACCCACAGAAAUUAGUGAUUAAUUAUGAAAAUGAUCAGGAAUCUGUUGGAACUACAAGUCUCACACCUGGGCAUGAAAAUUAUGGCAGAAAAGAAGAAUCAAGUCUUACUUUUGAACCUGGAGAUGUCUCUCUGCAAGAAUAUUACAUGGAUGUGGCAUUCCUCAUAGAUGCCUCCCAAAGAGUAGGGAAUGAUGAAUUUAAGGAAGUGAAAGCUUUUAUAGCCUCAGUGCUUGAUUACUUUCACAUCACCCCCUACCCGCUGACCGCCACCUUAGGAGACAGAGUGGCUGUGCUCAGCUACUCUCCCCCAGGCUACAUGCCCAACACGGAAGAAUGCCCUGCCUACCUGGAAUUCGAUUUGGUUACCUACAAUAGUAGAGACCAAAUGAAACGCCAUCUCCAAGAAUCUCUACAACAGCUCAAUGGAGACGUUUUUACUGGCCAUGCCCUGCAGUGGACCAUCGACAAUGUCUUUGUAGGAACCCCCAACCUGAGGAAAAACAAAGUUAUCUUCGUAAUAUCUGCCGGUGAAACCAAUCCUGUAGACAAGGAAGUCUUAAGAAAUGUGUCUCUGAGAGCCAAGUGUCAAGGCUACACCGUAUUUGUGUUUUCCUUUGGUCCUACACACAAUGAUGAGGAGUUAGAGGAAUUAGCCAGCCACCCCCUGGAUCAUCACCUCGUCCAGCUUGGCCGGACCCACAAGCCAGAUUUCAGCUAUGUUAUCAAGUUUGUCAGGCCUUUUGUCCAUUCCAUCCGACGUGCCAUCAACAGCUACCCCAUGGAUGAUUUGAGAGCCAAGUGUGCAAAUGUCACCUCCCCUGGUCCUGAAGGCGUUGACACAGAAGACACCAUAUUCCUCAUCCCUGAGGUGUAUGAAAUCGAGAGAGAAGACGGUGGGCUGUUUGGUGAACCUGGUUCCCGGGAGCAGCGUCUCUUCGCAUUAGGAAAUAACCAGAGUAACGAUUCCGAGACCACGACCGGUCUGAUCCAGAAGCUGUACAUGCUCUUUGCAACCGGGGAGGUGAUGAUGAAAGACAAGGAUGAGGCACAUUCAGAAGAAACUGCAGUCCCAGUGAACGAUAAACGACAAGACAUAAAAGAUGGUGAGGACAUAAGAUGAUCAUGGCAGAAAAGAAGCCAGUGCCUCCACUGCCAUGUUCCAGUGUAUUCCAUGUGGUUCCAAUCAGGAAGUGUGAAGCAUC